UACUCAUCUCCCUUGGUGUUCUGUUCUGUUCUGUAGUGGAGCUCUACUUCAUUUGACUUCGCUAAUCCCCACACCCGAUUUGGCUCCCCGCAUUGCGCACAGCCGCCCCUCUUGCCACCGCCCCCGCCGCAUGACCCCCCCAAGAUUGUCUGGCCAUGAGCUCAAAGUUUCAGCUCACCGGCGAGAGAGACAAUAGAUGAUGAACAUGUGCGAUGCGAGGGGGAUAUUGAGUGCUGUAGGGCUAGGCCGUGUCUAAUUUACGGUGGAAUUCGUUAGGGUCUCUCAAGAUUCUCGCCCCCUUGCGCUCAUGUCUUCCUUUUCCGCCGGUUUUCAGCUUGUGGCCAAGAAAUGUUGCAAAGAUUCGCCGCCUUCUUCCCCUCAAGGUCCUGAUUUUGUUGUUGGAGGAAUGUCCUCAGCCAGCUCUUCUCAGUUCCCAGCAUCAACAGAGCGAGAAUCUACAACUGCUAAUGAUAAUGCAAUACCUCAUGAUCCAGGUGCUGAUUCUGCUGGACCAGCACAAAGCAGACUUUCGCUUCAGUUGGAUCAGCGGUCAUUACAUUUUUCUGUUAAUGCUUGGGUUCUUAUUGUUGCAUUGAUCGGCAUCAUUCCACUGGCAACACGACAACUGCAACUCAAGGGAUAUCGUUUGUCACUUCUUGGCACAACCUGUACCACAGGUUAUGCCAUAUUUGCUCUUUAUGGGCUACCCAGAGUAGGGAACACACAGGCUGUUCAGGCCUGGUGCCACCAUGUAACUUCAUCAAAGGAUUUUAUUCCAUUCAUGUACUGCCUUAUGUUUGUUACAUCUAAACUACACUUGAAGCUUGUUUUGGUACCGGUAAUUUGCUGGGCACUUGAACAUGUGGCCAGAUUUCUACGGCGCCAUUUUACCAAUUCCUCUCUCUACAGGGCAUACCUGGAGCCGCUUUGCACAUGGGUUGAGGCAAACACAACUGCAGUCAACUUUCUGAUUGCAAAUGCAGAGAUUUUGUUGGGCUUUCUUAUGAUCUUAUCACUGUUCUCGAAACAACGCAAUGCUAUGCAAACAUUCAUGUACUGGCAGGUUAGUUUCUGAUAAACAUCGAUUGGCUUUGCCAAAUGAUCUUUCUUGUUUACUGUUAACUGGGUUGUUGGCUUUUUCACACAUAAUACUAUGAUCUGUAAAUUCUGCCAUCACACUAAAAUUGUCCAAUCAGCUUUUGACAAUAGUAAGCGCUCACUGAGUUCUACAACACAUUAAACAUUUAUCACACUUACUUUUGUAAUGCGUUUGUAUUGACCUGCAUAUCACCUAUACUGGUAUACUUGCGGUAGGAUACUGGCCUGGCCGCAGGAGGGGGGAUGUACCUCGUCGGCAGUCGGGCCUCAGGGGAAGGAGGACUCAAGGAAGGAGUAUUGGGAUUAGAUUGGUUUAUGUCUUGUUUGGUUUUUCCUCAUGGCCAAGUCCUAUUACGUAGGGAUGUCCACAAACUCCUUUAAUAUAGGGGAGUGGAAGCUGAUUGCAUGGAAUCCUAAGAGCAUC